GUGGUGACAGUGGCUUGCUUUCCUACGCCAUUUCUCAAACAAGCCAGUCACCCUGCCACAGCUUUUCAUUUAGGUGGGGGGUAACAAAACGCUGCCAAGAUGUCUGAAAAAAAGAUGACUUCGAGCCGCAGGCAUCAUCUCAAGAGCUUGAUGCUUGGCAUAGCUAAGGAUUUGCUAGAGAAGGAGGCUGCCCAGAUUAUAGCUAGCAAGGCUGCACACAUGUCACAGAAUUGCCCUGAUCUUUCCUUACCCAGCUCAACACAGGAGCUUCAGGAAUUUUGCAAAAAGCUGCAUCACCAGGUCGACUCGAUUGAUGAGGAGAGAUAUGACUUGGAGGCCAAAGUUGGCAAGGCAGACAAAGAGAUUGAAGAUCUGAAGAUUAAGGUGAUUGACCUGAAGGGCAAGUUUAAGAAGCCAGCUCUGAGGAAAGUGCGCAUGUCAGCCGAUCAGAUGCUUCAGGCUCUGCUGGGCUCCAAACACAAGGUGAACAUGGAUCUGAGAGCCAACCUAAAACAAGUCAAGAAGGAGGUCAAGGAAGAGGAGAAGGAAACUGUUGGUGACUGGCGUAAGAACAUUGAUGAGAAGGCUGGCAUGGAUGGCAGAAAGAAGAUGUUUGAGGGCGAGGCCUAAGUUUUUGGACAUUAUUUGUUGACUUGCUUUUGACCCUCACCAGGGCUGUGCAGUGCUUCACAGUAUAAAUACACACAUUUGGCAGUACUGUAGUUGGAUUGUUAAUGCUAUGCCAGUACCUUAUUGUUGCAUUUCUUUAUGCAGUGCAUUUUCUGAAGAACAACUUAUAUUAUCACAUACACAAUUAAAUGUAUUGUUUUAAGGAAAACCAUAA